ACCAUCUAACCUUGAGUUUGAGUGCGACUUAUAAGGGAUUUCUUUCACGAAGAAAGAAAUUGUGAACAGAAGUUAAUAUUUCCUCUGAUGAAAUGGGUUCUAAAACUAUCGUCUCUCUUCUUUUUCAUGUUAUUAUCGUAAGCAUCACUCUUACCGAUGCUCAAUUCUGUUAUACCACAGGAAACUUUACAGCUAAUAGCACCUAUGCAAAAAACCGAGACCUUGUUCUCCGUUCACUAGCUUCCAAUGUCACAAACAAUGGGGGUUUCUACAAUACUACAAUAGGUUUAGGCAAUGACACAGUUUAUGGUCUUGUGCUCUGUAUGGCUUCCCCAUCAGCUGGAAUUUGUUCCAGCUGCGUCAAUUCUGCUAUUCAAACUCUCAUGGCAGCAUGUCCAAACCAAAAAGAAGCAAUUUCAUGGGGAGGGAAUCCAGUUCCAUGUAUUGUACAUUAUGCGAAUCGUUAUUUUUUAGGAUCACUUGAGCCAUCUCCUACUAGCGCUUUAUAUAAUACGGGUAUCCUUGACGCAACUUUUACACAGUUUGAACAAUUUUGGAGUGGUUUGGGAGAAACGGUAAAAAACGCUUCCACGGGCUCAUCCAGGCUUAUGCCAGCAGCUGAGACAGCAGACCUACCAUCCACUCAAAAAAUUUAUGUAUUCAUGCAGUGCACUCCUGAUGUAUCACCGAGUAAUUGCAGUGUUUGCCUACAACAAUCCGUAGAUUACUAUAAAAGUUGUUGCUACGGGCAUCAAGGAGGUAUUGUCCAGAAACCAAACUGUGUUUUUCGGUGGGAUUUGUAUCCCUUCUACGACUUAUUUCCUCAAGUAACAUCUCCAUCUCCACCAUCUCCAUCUCCAUCUCCACCAUCUCCAUCUCCAUCUCCACCAUCUCCUCCAUUUGUUAUUAGUUCUCCUCCACCAACCAAUACCACAAUCAGGAAAGGGAAGGAGAAUACUGCUUCUCGGACAGUUAUUAUUACCAUCGUCCCUACAGCUAUCUUCUUGGCACUUGUUAUCCUCAUUCUCACCAUUUUCCGUUUUACGAAGCCAAAGCAAGAGGUCAAAAAUUUCGAUGAAAUUAGUAUCGCAAAAUGCUGGGAAUUCAAAUUCGCCACCAUCAAACUUGCAACAAACGACUUCUCUGAUGAUAAUAAGCUUGGACAAGGUGGUUUUGGUGCUGUUUACAAGGGUAUACUUGCAGACGGACAAGCUAUAGCUGUAAAGAGAUUAUCAAGUAAUUCUGGGCAAGGAGAAGUUGAAUUUAAGAAUGAGGUACGGCUACUAGCCAAACUUGAUCACCGGAAUCUUGUUAGGUUACUGGGGUUCUGCUUGGAAGGAACAGAAAAGCUUCUAAUCUACGAGUUUGUGCCUAAUUCAAGUCUCGAUCAAUUUAUACAUGAUCCAAACAAACGAUUCAUCCUGGAUUGGGAGAAGCGCUACAAAAUCAUAGAAGGCAUAGCUAGAGGGAUUCUGUACCUGCAUCAAGAUUCUCAGCUCCGGAUUAUUCAUCGUGAUCUCAAGCCUAGCAACAUUCUGUUAGAUGGAAAGAUGAAUGCUAAAAUUUCGGAUUUUGGAAUGGCAAAGUUAAUGAAAACUGAUCAAACUCAUGAUGCUGCAUCGAGGAUCGCUGGAACCCUUGGCUAUAUUGCUCCAGAGUAUGCAAGGCAAAGACAGUUCUCGGUCAAGUCAGAUGUGUUUAGUUUUGGAGUGCUAGUCUUGGAGAUUGUGAGCGGUCAAAAACCUAGUUUCCGCGAUGGAGAUGACAUGGAGCACCUUACGAGCCAUGCAUGGAGACGUUGGAGGGAAGGGACUGCUUUAGAUCUUAUAGAUCCCAUUUUGAGGAACGACUCAACAGCUGCAAUGAUGAGAUGCAUCCACAUCGGGUUACUCUGCGUUCAAGAAAAUGUGGCUGACAGGCCGACAAUGGCUUCAGUUCUUCUGAUGCUAAGCAACUCUUCUUUUACUUUACAAAUACCUUCUAAACCAGCAUUUUUUAUUAGCAGAAGAACAUAUCAACCAGCUUCUUCAUUGAUCAGCUAUACUUCAAGGAUGACGCAAUCCCACCUUAAGACUGUCCCACCAUCGAAGAAUGAGAUUUCAAUUACUGAGUUAGAUGAAGGCCGAUAAUUUCCUCAUCAUAUAGCGAAAGAAUGGGGUUUGUUAUUGUUAAGGAAAUAAUCAAGUAAAUAUUCUUGAUUGUUUCCUUAUUAACAAAAGGAAGAAAUCAAGGGAUUGAACAAUUAAUUCAAGACAAUCACAAAGUUAUUUCACUCAUCUUAAGGAAGAUGAUGAAACAUCAUGUAUAAUUUCUUCUAUUCUAUUUCAUUAUAUAUUUUGUUGUAUGGCAAUAUAAUUUCUAGCUACAUGAGUUGAAUAAAAUAUAUAUAAUUAAAUUA